GGAGAAGUAAACGCUCUGUGGGUGGCGACAUGUUUGUGUCUUGGAGAAUGUUAAUUUUAAAGGUGGUUUGAACGCUGGAACGUGCUCUAAUGACAUCGAAUGAACUGUCGCAAGCAUGUAAAUGUGCUCCUCAACUAGUCUCUUACCUCACGAGCCUUCAUCAGCGCACAAUCGAACCUGGCAGUUGGUGUCGUCCUCACCCGUUUCGGGAGACCGGACGUGACGUCACAGUUCGGAACGAGCGGUGCAUCCCCCUGUACCGGAGUCAGCGCCUUAUCGAGGUCGUCCGGAGAACGCGGAGGAGAAGGUUCUCCUCCGGUCACGCGGCGGUCAUCAGCAUUCGCCGUCCCGCGGAGAGCAGAAGCGCCGGAUGAGAGCGCCGGCCGCCGUCCACGACUGACCCCCCAGCUAACGCCGCUGCCGACCCGCGCCGGCGACGUCGUCUGGCCCCCUGUGUCCCGAUUCCCGAUAAAGUCCGUGGUUCCGGUGGUGGCUGAGUGCCGCUGCGGCGUCGACCCGAGCCCGGGCUGGUCCGGGCCGCCGGUGCGAGGCGCCCAUGGAGAGGUCCUGGGGCGGGCGGCCCUUCCGGGCGCGCCCUGAGGCCCGAGUGCAGGCGACUCCGAGAACGGCCUCGGACCUCUGCGGCGGUCGGCGUCGCGCGGGCCCCGAGCCCCGACGCCUGAUCGGCGGGCGCGACGACUGCGACGCGCUGCCGUGCCCAUGGCCGCCCUGCAGGGGGCGUCGGGCGCCAACGGGUCGGCCGCCGGGGUCACGGGGGCCACGCUGCUUCGGGCGGGCCUCUACGUCCGCCACGUCAGGCACCGGAGACUCAUCGCCAGGACGCUGCAGUAUGUGCUGCUGGCGAUCCUGUCGGUGACGGUGGUCAUCAACGUGAUGUUCAUCAUGGACACAAGCCGCAAGCUGCAGCAGGACGAGUCCCCCUCGCAGGAGGGCCGGCGGGGUGCGCUGCAGGAAAGCAUGCCCAAGGCGCUCACCCUCGAGGUGGUCUCCAGCCAGUCCAAGGUGUCGGUCACCGUCGACGGAACCACGAUCCUGGACGACUCCGAAGACAACAAGGGCCGUGGCAUCCAUGUACUAGUUCUGAAUCAAGCAACGGGCAGCGUGAUGGCUCAGCGCAUGUUUGACACAUACUCUCCACACGAGGACGAAGCCAUGGCCCUCUUCCUCAACAUGGUUUCCGACGGCCGCGUCCUCAUCUUUGCCAUUAAGGACGAGGGCACUUUCCAAAUGAAGCAGCCUGCCAGGGACCUGCUCAAGCGGCUGGGCAGCAAGAAGUCGCACAAGAUCGGCUGGCGCGACAUGUGGGCCAUGGCAGCCCAGAAAGGGGGGAAGAUGUUUGGGGAGACGUACAGCAAGAGCCCGGAGUUCAACAGCUGGGGUGCUCCUGUGUUGCUCAAGGUCGAGGUGCCUCUAGUCCCUGUGGAAGACAGUGAAUGUGACUGGGCUGACACGGAGGAGAACCAGCGACGUCGCGCCUUCUGCAACCACAUCGAGGGCUACGGUAGCGUCUGCAGCUGCGCAGACCCUGCGCCACUCACUUUUGCUCCGGAGCCCGUGCCGAACAACAGGGUGAAAGAUGUUCCUGUAGCCAUCGUGGCUAGCAACAGACCCCACUACCUGUACAGGAUGUUACGCUCUCUACUCUCCGCUCACGGAGUGAACCCGAGGAUGAUUACAGUAUUUAUUGACGGUUACUUCGAGGAACCUCUAGAAGUAACCAAGUUGUUCAACAUUAGGGGGAUUCAGCACACACCCAUUGGCCUGAAGAAUGCUCGCAUCUCCCAACACUACAAGGCUAGUCUCACUGCAACCUUCAACCUCUUUCCCGAUGCCCAGUAUGCCAUUGUGAUCGAAGAGGACCUGGACGUGUCCCCAGACUUCUUUAGUUACUUUAGUCAGACGCUGAGGCUGCUGGAAGAGGAUGAUUCCAUCUACUGCAUCUCGGCAUGGAAUGACCAGGGCUACGAGCACACAAGCGAGGACCCCUCGCAGCUUUACCGGGUGGAGACCAUGCCGGGCCUGGGCUGGAUCCUGAAGAGGAGCCUCUACAAGGACGAGCUCGAACCACGCUGGCCCACCCCGGAGAAGCUCUGGGACUGGGACAUGUGGAUGCGCCUGCCGGAUGUGCGCAAGGGCCGGGAGUGCAUCGUUCCGGACGUCUCGCGGACGUACCACUUUGGGUCGUCUGGACUCAACAUGAACUCCUACUUCCAGGACGUCUACUUCAAGAAGCACGCCUUCAACACUCAGCCCCACGUGCAGAUGAAGGAGAUAGACAGCGUCAAGAAGGACAACUACGAGCAGGUUGUGCAUGACCUCCUCAGGCGAGCGAUAGUUCUCGACCACAGCAAGAGUCCCUGCGAAGAGAACUUCAUCCCAGACACCAAGGGGGAAGUAUACGUCAUGUUCUUCAAGAUGAACGGUUUGCGGGACUUUUCCACGUGGCUGCAAAUCGCCAAGGUACGGACAAAAAAAAAAUUACCAACUAGGUUUACAAUUAGCGGUGCAUGCUUUGCGUACAGCAUUAUUAAACCUUCUCUCUGCCAUUUACUUUCAUUCCAGUGUUUCAAGAUAUGGGACCUUGACCCCAGGGGAUACCACAAGAGCAUGUGGCGCCUUUUCAUGAAGGGCAACCAGCUGCUCGUGGUGGGAGUGCCAAACUCAACCUACUCGUCUUUCAAGCCUGCCAAAGUGACGCCCAUUUACCUCGAAGGACAGAAGAUAGAUAAGGACCGAAUUCGGUAGCAAUGCCGCCACACCUAUUUCCUCGUUCGUGUCAUCAUUCAAAGCGCUCCGCCGCGCUCGAACGCUUCGAGCUUUGCUUCGAGACCCACCGGGUGACAUUCAUGCGUGUGUGUGUAGGUGUGCUUGCUGUCAACGUGUGCGUGUGCGUAUCAGUGUUCCAUGUCAAGAGAAAAAAAAAAAAGAUAAAACGACCCUUCUGGAACUUUCGGAAUGGGACGGUUCAACAAACCACGCCUUGCGUCGGAGUGUCGAGGCGGUUCGAGCGAACCCAUGAGACGACGUGGUCGUAAGUGAGCGUCGUGUCGCCAUUGCCGAAAAUGGUGGGAGCAACCUGUCGUGACCUGCGCCUGUGCGUGGACAACGCUGGCGUCGUGUGAACUUCGGACCGUCGCGUUCUGCCUUCUUCAUGCUCUCGAGGCAUGGCGGCGGGACCCAAGAAGUCACCAGGAACUACUCUGUAUCAUAACUUGUAAAUUUUAGACUCUCUAGGAGCUUGUCCUUGUGCCUAGGCCCCACGCCCCCUUGAGGUGGAGAUGGGGUUAGUUUCCUCGAUGUGACACCGUGCAGCGCACUGUUCAUUUCAAAGUCGAGUGCCGUACUUAAAAGGAUGCAGUGCGGAACGAAACUAAAGACAUAACUCGCUUUCAUAGCAGACCCAGUUUUUUUUUUUUUUUUUUUUUUUUGAUUUUUGGCAAAAAGAUUUUUACACCAAAACACAGAAUGCGUUGAUUGGAAUGGAAUGAGCUUGUGAAAAUCAGCAUUGCGAAAACGGCGAGUGCUGGAUUUCAGAGAAAACAAAGACUUUGUUACAGACAAA